AUGUUAAUUGUUAAGAAGCGUGGACAUGCUGGUCUGUUUAAGAAUUACGAUGACACGUUCCAACCCCACUUCAGAUCCCACAUUGUGGAGCUUCUUUCGGACAGGAGCCACGGGCACCAUGAGAGUAAACAGAGGUGUGGCAUGGAGAUCCUAGCGGGGGUCAUACGUGGCUCCAAACACUGGCUUUACGAGGAGGUGAAUGCACUUUGGGACUGGGUUAUCCCCAUUUUGAGAACCUCCUUAGAUAACAUUACCAGUGAGACACUGAAGGACUGGGGCACAUUCUUCACCGUCGUGUCUGAGAGUCGUGAUCCCAGAAGACUGUAUCGAUUCUUUGAGAUGCUUAUGGAUAAACCAAUCAGGGAGGGAUCAUCUUCUUUUGAGGACUCCAGCCGUCGUUUUGCUGUGCAGAAUGCUUUAGUACAACAGGAAUGGAGAGUACCAGAACUCCUCCAUCGUCUGUUAGAAUUCCUGACGCCGUACCUCUCCAACAAGAACAAAAAUGUCAGAGACAGAAUUGGAAGCAUCACGGCGGGUUCCUCCACUAAAUCUCCACAUAGAGUGGACUUUGUCCAAAAGGUGAUUCCACGACUGGAACCGCUCAAAGACCUGGUGCUAUCAGACAAUGGGAAUAAUGGCAGCUCAAAGGAGGAGGAGAACCACAGAGAGACGUCUUCCUCCUCAGAGAAGAUGGAGGUGGAGGAUGAUGAGGAUGAAGAGAGGAAGACUACAAUAAGGCUGUGUAAAACAGUGCUAAAGUGGAUUUCUGAUGGUCUAGGUAGAAUGUUUACCUCAACUACACCAGAGCUUUUCCUUUUUCUUCCAGUUAUUUGCACAUUAGAGAGUGAGACUAAGGAUGAGGAAUUGAAGACUGACUGUUCUAUGGCCCUGGCCUGCUUUUCUCAGGCUCUGAUUCAGGAGAACAAUGUCACUGUGUGUCUGGAGACCAUCAGAGAGGUGAUGGGACUGAAGUCAUGGCAUUCCCGUGUGGCUAUCCUUGGAUACAUCCAGGUCAUGGUGUACUGUAAUCUUUUUACCAUGAUCCAGACAAAGUACAAAAAGGAAAUCCAGAACUUUUUACUACAUCUCAUCUGUGAUGACCAAGUAGAGGUAAGGGAGAUGGCAGCCAUUACAUUGAGUGGAUUAGUACACUGUGGGUUUCUAGACAUGGACAAAGAUAUGCUGGAACACUUUGAAAUCCUCAGUAAGAACAAGGUAAAGAAGCGAAAGUUAGCUGACUCAAUGCCUUUGGAGGCACUAAUAAAGCGUCACGCUGGUGUACUGGGUCUCAGUGCUCUAGUGGAAGCUUAUCCUUACAAUGUACCAGAGUUCAUGCCACAGAUCUUAAUGGACCUGAGUAACCAUGUCAAUGAUCCUCAACCAAUUCAGAUGACUGUGAAGAAAACUUUAUCAAACUUCCGUAGAACACACCACUACAAUUGGCACGAUCAUAAACAAAUGUUUACAGACGAUCAGCUUGUCAUAUUAACUGAUAUUCUUGUGUCCCCUACUUACUAUGCUUGACAACG